AUGGCCGAAACGAAUCCGCCAGGAAACCCGCCGACCUUAAGCCAGACAACGGGUGCCUCUGCCGACGUAGCUCCCGACGCUGCACCAGUCGAACUCGAUGACGCACCGAAGAACAUCGUGGCGGACAGGGCCCCCGAUGACGAACAUUCUAGCGACGCCGGAUACGAGACGGAAAUGGCGUCCUGCCCCUCGACAUCCAUGAGCAGCAGCGUGCGCGACUACGCCUUCGAGAACAGCCGGCGCUAUCACAAGUUCCAGGAGGGGCGGUACCACUUCCCCAACGACGAGCCAGAGCAGGAGAGGGAGGACAUGAAGCACGCCAUGAUUGUGAACCUGUGCAACGGCAAGCUCCAUUUCGCGCCGCUCGAGAAUCCGCAGAAGGUCCUUGACAUCGGAACCGGGACGGGGAUUUGGGCCAUUGACAUGGGAGACGAAUACCCGGAGGCCGAUGUUUUGGGAAUCGAUUUAAGCCCCAUCCAGCCCUCCUGGGUUCCGCCGAAUGUCCGUUUCAUGGUUGACGAUGCCGAGGCGGAGUGGAUUCACCCGCCGGAUACCUUCGACUUCAUCCAUAUCCGACACAUGACAUCCUCCAUUCGUGACUGGCCGAGGUUGGUGUCACAGGCGUACCGGGCGCUUAAACCUGGCGGCUGGAUCGAGCUGCAAGAGCUGCGUUUCGUGCUAGAAUGCGACGACGGUACAAUGCGGGAGGAUAGCCAGGUGGUUGCGUUCCUCAACAACGUCAAGAAUGGCCUGGCAGAGUUUAACAUCGACCUGCUGGGAAUGCAGAAGAACCAGCAAAACUUGCGCGAAGCGGGGUUCGUCAACAUCGAGGAGAUGGUAUUCAAGGUACCGCUGGGCGUAUGGCCGAAGAAACCCAAGAUGAAGAUGGUUGGAUUAUACAACAGGAGCAUGAUUUACGACGGCCUCCACGGCAUUGCCAUGGGGCCCUUCACACGGGGGCUGAAGUGGACGCCGCAAGAGGUAGAGCUCUUUCUGGUUGGGGUACGGAAAGGCUUGAUGGACAGCAGCCAGCACGGAUACAUCCCGUUCCAUGUUGUCAUAGGUCAGAAGUCAUAA